AUGGUGGAGACAGUGAACAAUUUGCUGCAGCCCCCGGCUCAGGCAGCGUGGAGAGAGCUGAGCACCGGAGACCAGCUGAAGGCAGCCACCACUCUGCUGGACACGGUGGAGCAGGGGGCUUUUGUGCUGGCCGACAAUCUGCUCAAGACGGACAUAGUGCAAGAAACCACAGACAAUAUCAAACUUGAAGUGGCGAGGAUGAGCACGGAUGGAAAUUUGCCUGAUCUGAAGUUUCCGCAGGCAGGAGGACAAGGCAACUCCAUCCACCUCUCGGCCAACACACUCAAGCAACAUGGACGAAAUGGUGAGAUCCGCAUCGCCUUUGUCCUGUACAAACACAUUGGAGGAUACUUAUCAACGGACAACGCCAGCAUGAAGCUGGGCAACGACGCAAUGGCCACUAACUACUCGGUCAUCGUCAACUCCCCGGUCAUCACAGCCGCCAUCAACAAGGACUCAAACAAAGUCUACCUUUCGGAUCCGGUCAUUUUCACCAUCAGGCACUUACAGCAAUCGGGGGAGAACUUCAACCCCAACUGUUCGUUCUGGAGUUACUCUAAGAAAACCAUGUCUGGAUACUGGUCCACGCAGGACUGCCGAUUACUGGGGACCAACCGCACUCACACCACCUGCUCCUGCACCCAUCUCACCAACUUUGCAGUUCUGAUGGCACACGUGGACGUCAAGAACACAGACCCGGUUCACGACAUGUUGCUGGACGUCAUCACUUGGGUGGGCAUCCUGCUGUCUCUGGUCUGCCUGCUCAUCAGCCUCUUCACGUUCUGCUUCUUCCGUGGCCUUCAGAGCGACCGCAACACCAUCCACAAAAACCUGUGCAUCUGCCUCUUCAUCGCAGAGUCGCUCUUCCUCGUCGGAAUCAACCGCGGGGACCAGCCGAUUGCAUGUGCCGUCUUCGCCGCCCUGCUUCACUUCUUCUUCCUGGCGGCCUUCACCUGGAUGUUUCUGGAAGGCGUGCAGCUCUACAUCAUGUUGGUGGAGGUCUUUGAAAGCGAGCACUCCAGACGUCGAUACUUUUACAUCGUGGGCUACGGAGUUCCUGCUCUGAUCGUGGCGGUGUCGGCCGCAGUGGACUACAGGAGCUACGGGACAGAACGAGUUUGCUGGCUACGCUUGGACACCUACUUCAUCUGGAGUUUCAUAGGACCGGCAACCUUGAUAAUUAUGCUCAACGUGAUCUUCCUCGGCAUCGCCCUAUACAAGAUGUUCCAUCACACGGCCAUCUUGAAACCAGACUCCGGUUGCCUGGACAACAUCAAGGUCUACCAGAGCGAGCACCUCUUCGAAUCGGACCACCAGUCUGGAGCUUGGUGCAAAGACCCUCUCCAAGCCUCCGACAAGAUCUACUACAUGCCCUGGACUCCAUACCGCACGGACACGCUCACCGAAUACUCCUCCAAGGAAGAUUUCAUCGCUGGACGACCGACAACGACCUACAAACUGCCCCAUCGCGUGGACGGGACUGGAUUUGUGGUCUACGAUGGUGCGCUGUUCUUCAACAAGGAGCGCACUCGCAAUAUUGUUAAGUUCGACCUAAGGACUCGCAUCAAAAGCGGCGAGGCUAUUAUCGCCAACGCCAACUACCACGACACCUCUCCGUAUCGCUGGGGUGGCAAGUCGGACAUUGAUUUGGCCGUAGAUGAGAACGGACUAUGGGUCAUUUAUGCGACAGAGCAAAACAAUGGACGCAUCGUGAUCAGCCAGCUUAAUCCCUACACCUUGCGAGUUGAAGGCACAUGGGACACGGCCUACGACAAACGUUCAGCCUCCAACGCUUUCAUGAUCUGUGGGAUUCUCUAUGUGGUGAAAUCUGUGUAUGAGGAUGACGACAAUGAAGCAACAGGGAAUAAGAUUGACUAUAUUUACAACACUGAGCUGAGUAAAGACGGCUACCUGGAUAUCCCCUUCCCCAACUCCUACCAAUACAUCGCUGCAGUGGAUUACAAUCCCAGGGACAAUUUACUGUACGUGUGGAACAACUAUCAUGUGGUCAAGUACUCGCUGGACUUUGGAGCACUGGACAACAGACUAGAAUCCUCCUCCUCUGUUAUGGUUUACAUGGACACCACCACCACCACAAGUCGCACCACCGUUCGCUCCAACACGAUCACCAUGACGACCACCAUGGCCAGGACGAGCACCGCCAGGACCCCCACGACCACGACCACCCCGGUGCCGUACUGGGCCCGCACUACAUCGACGGCGGCCGCCCCGGUGCACACGGUGGUGGAGGGUUUGAACCCAGAAGAAGACGACAGGUCAGCGGCUUCGUCCAACCUGCCCAGAGCGGAGUCCUGUAACCCCAUGGUCAUGAUGGACGUGUCCUGGCCCAAGACCAAGCAGGGGCUGGUGGCCAAGAUGCCGUGCCCACCGGGAACUAUAGGCGUGGCUUCUUAUUUUUGCCAGGGUCCAGAGGGAUACUGGGACCCCCAAGGACCAGACCUGAGCAACUGCACAUCCCCCUGGGUCAACAUCAUCAACCAGAAGAUGCAACAACCGGACGCAGUGUGCAGUGGUGGCUGGACCUGA